CCUCGCGUCAGGCAUUGCGACCUGAGGCGGCAGAAUACCGCAUGCAAGAUUGAUGCGGCUGCUUAAGGCCACUACUAGCUCUGCAAGUGUUUGCUGGUGAUGGCCAGCGACGUGCCAUCCAUCCCUUUGGUCGCACCACCGAUAAGGGGCAUCACAUUGCAUCUAGCCACCGUCGCCAGCAUUAUACCUGCAGCUUGGUGGUUGUCUUUUUCUCUCUCAAUUUCUACCAGAAACAUCGCAGAAGACGCAUCCAGCAGCAGAAACUGCUUCUUUGCAUCAAGAUGGCUCCCGUGGGCUCCUUCACAGAGAUGGUCCUCGACCAGAGCCAGCGCCUCUCUGGCGCAAAGCAGCAGACAGUCGCCAUCGACAGCCAGAACCUCACCAUCGCCGACGUAGUGGCCGUCUCGCGGCAUCUCGCCCAGGUCGAGCUCACCGACGACGCCAUCGAGGCCAUCACUGCCUGCAGCGACAUCAUUGCCGAGAAGCUGGCCCAGGGCGAGGUCAUCUAUGGCGUCAACACGGGCUUUGGCGGCAGUGCGGACACCCGGCCUUCAGACGUCGAGAGGGUGCAGCAGAGUCUCAUCAGCCAUCUCACCUGCGGCAUUGUCUCGGAUGGUGGCAGUCGUGGGCAGCAGCAGCAGCAAUACGUCACGCACUCGUCACUUGCAACUCACAAUGCUCUUCAUGGUUCUCAUGGCACUAAGAACAGCCUGAGCAAUGGCAGCGCCAAGGACCAUGUCAAUGGCAAGACGAAUGGACACAAACACCGCAAGGCCUCGGCCAGCGUGACGCUGCCUCUGAAUGACCCCAAUGCAGCGACGUGCAUGCCCGAGUCCUGGGCUCGUGCUUCGAUGCUCAUCCGCCUCAACUCUCUGGCUGGCGGUGCGUCUGGCAUUCGCCCGUGCCUUGCAGACAAUCUGGUGCAGCUGCUCAACAAGGACAUUGUGCCUCGCAUCCCGGUCCGCGGCAGCAUCUCUGCUUCUGGUGAUCUCAGCGCGCUGGCAUGGAUUGGUGCUGUGAUGCAGGGCAAGACGUCCGCGACCGCUCUUGCUGGUCCCAGAGACGGCUCCGGAGCUGCUCGUCGGGUGACCACUGCUGAUGUCGCGCUCAAGGAGGCCUCGAUCGAGCCCAUCUCGCUUCAUGCCAAGGAGGGUCUGGCCAUUGUCAACGGCACUGCAGUGUCUGCAGCCGUCGCUGCUCUUGCCGCACACGAGUCGUUCAACCUCGCGGCCCUGUCUGAAGUUCUGACAGCCAUGAGUGUCGAGGCGCUUCGUGGCAGUGACGAGAGUUUUGAGCCGUUCAUUGCUCGUAUCCGGCCGCACCCAGGCCAGAUCGACAGCUCCCGCAACAUCCUGGCCUUCCUGUCGGGCUCGAAGCUGCUCAACCGCCACGACAGCAGCAAUGUGGCGACACUUCGCCAGGAUCGAUACUCCCUGCGCACGGCGAGCCAGUGGAUCGGCCCCGUCCUCGAGGACUUCCAGCUCGCCCACGACCAGAUCACCAUCGAGCUUAACUCGGUCACGGACAACCCGCUCAUCGACGCCCAGACGCACCGCGUCUUCCACGGCGGCAACUUCCAGGCGCGCGCCAUCACGUCCGCGGUCGAGAAGCUGCGCCAGGGCCUGCAGAGCCUCAGCCGCAUGCUCUUCAGCCAGUGCACGGAGCUCAUCAACCCGGCGACGAGCUGGGGCCUGCCUCCCAACCUGUGCGCCGACGACCCUGCCGACUCGUACCUCUUCAAGGGCCUCGACGUGGUCAUUGCCGGCCUGACGUCGGAGCUUGGCUUCCUCGCCAACCCCGUAGGCUCGCACGUGCAGACCGCCGAGAUGGGAAACCAGGCGCUCAACUCGCUCGCGCUCGUGUCGGCCCGGUACACGCUGGAAGCGGUCGACGUCCUCUCGCAGAUCUGUUCCGCCCAUAUCCUCGCCCUGUGCCAGGCCCUCGACCUCCGCGCCAUCGAGAUCGAAGGCGGCGGCGGCCAGGAGGAGGAGAAGUUGCGACGGCAGACGAAGCCAGACGCCACACCGUACCUGGGCACCGCCGCACGGCGCAUGUACAACUUUGUCCGCGGCGAGCUGGGCGUGCCGUUCCUGAGCGAGGCGCAUCUCGCGUCGGCGGAGCCGGUCUACGCGGACAUGAUUGCCUCGCCGAGCAUGGGCUUGUACAAUACCAAGGUGUACGAGGCGAUCCGGUCUGGCCGCGUGUACGAGGUUGUGAUUGAGUGUCUCCGGGAGGCCGAGGGCGCCACAACUGCACCCGCGACGAAGGCGAGUGCAACCAACGGCCACUGAGGAAUGUACGUUGGGAAAAGCCUGUUGACACGAAAGCGAAUGUUACGACUUCGUAAAAAACCACCCAGAGGAGAGACAGACUGAGUUUCUGCAAGGGCAUAGACGUGAAGCUCUCGGAUAGAAUGUUGGACUUUGGAGUUUUUACCGGCAAGCGUGCGCGUACCGUAAACAAGUCUAGACUUGGUCGAGGGCCUUUGCAACUAGAGCUGAAGACAUGCUAUACUUUAGAGGAGUUUCAGAGUUGUCAUUCAACCGGGCAUAGCUGGCGAGACACUGGAAGACUUUGUUCGAGGUUUCCACACAGCUAGGAAGCGUUCUGGGCACACGAAAAGGGUGAUAGACAGCCAGUAUGGAAGCUCACCAUCCUAGACUUCACCAAAGUUUUCACAGGGAUUAAGAACCAUACAGAGCAAUAGAUCCUGAGGAACAUCCUCUACA